CGGAGAGGCCGCCUGGUGGCCGCGAUGGGCGCGGAGCGGGGCCGCCGCUGCGCCGGGCAGUGAGCGCCGCGCUCCGCCGCCGCCUGGCCGCCGCCCGGACCCCUCGCGAGCGCCGGGCCGCCGGGAACAUGGCCCUGGAGCAGCUCGGCUCGGUCCUCAAAGUGUUGCUGGUUACCGUGCUGGUGGUGGAAGGGAUCGCCGUGGCCCAGAAGACGCAAGAUGGACAGAACAUCGGGAUGAGGCACCUCCCCGCCACCCAGUGUGGCGUCUGGGUCCGAACCAGCAACGGAGGGCACUUCGCGUCCCCCAGCUACCCCGACUCCUACCCGCCCAACAAGGAGUGCAUCUACGUUCUGGAAGCUGCCCCGCGCCAGAGGAUAGAGCUGACCUUCGACGAGCACUUCUACAUAGAGCCGUCCUUCGAGUGUCGGUUCGACCACCUGGAGGUCCGGGACGGGCCCUUCGGCUUCUCCCCGCUCAUCGACCGGUUCUGCGGCGUGAGGAGCCCCCCGCUGAUCCGAUCCACCGGGAGGUUCAUGUGGGUCAAGUUCAGUUCCGACGAAGAGCUCGAGGGCAUGGGGUUUCGCGCCAAGUACUCCUUCAUUCCAGAUCCAGACUUUACGUACCUAGGAGGUAUUUUAAACCCCAUCCCAGACUGCCAGUUCGAGCUCUCGGGGGCCGACGGGAUCGUGCGCUCCAGCCAGGUGGAGCAGGAGGACAAGACGAAGCCCGGCCAGGCGGUGGACUGCAUCUGGACCGUCCGGGCCACGCCGAAGGCCAAGAUUUAUCUGAGGUUCCUGGAUUACCAGAUGGAGCACUCCAACGAGUGCAAGAGGAACUUCGUGGCCGUCUACGACGGAAGCAGCUCCAUCGAAAACCUCAAGGCCAAGUUCUGCAGCACGGUGGCCAAUGACGUCACGCUCAAAACCGGAGUCGGCGUGAUCCGGAUGUGGGCGGACGAGGGCAGCCGGCUCAGCAGGUUCCGGAUGCUCUUCACCUCCUUCGUGGAGCCGCCCUGCACGGGCAGCUCCUUCUUCUGCCACAGCAGCAUGUGCAUCAACAGCUCCCUGGUCUGCAACGGCGUGCAGAACUGUGCCUACCCGUGGGACGAGAGCCACUGCAGAGAGAAGAAACAGGCGGGCCUCUUCGAGCAGAUCACGCGCACGCACGGGACGAUCAUCGGCGUCACGUCGGGGGUCGUGCUGGUCCUCCUCAUCGUGUCCAUCUUGGUGCAGGUGAAGCAGCCCCGCAAGAAGGUCCUGGCGUGCAAGAGCGCCUUCAACAAAACGGGCUUCCAGGAGGUGUUCGACCCGCCGCACUACGAGCUGUUCUCGCUGCGGGACAAGGAGCUGGCCGCCGACCUGGCCGACCUGGCGGAGGAGCUGGACGGCUACCACCAGCUGCGCCGCUCGUCCUCCGCCUCGCGCUGCGUGCACGACCACCACUGCGGCGCGCAGGCGCCCGGGGGCGGCGCCGGGGGUGGCGGCAGUGGCGGCGGCGGGGGCGGCAGGGCGAGCAGGACCAACCUGGCGGCCGUGGAGCUGCCGUUCCGGAACGACUUCGCGCAGCCGCAGCCCAUGCAGACGUUCAACAGCACCUUCAAGAAGAGCAGCUACUCGUUCAAGCAGGCGCGCGAGUGCCCCGAGCAGGCGCUGGAGGACCGCGUGAUGGAGGAGAUCCCCUGCGAGAUCUACGUGCGCGGCCGAGAGGACGCGGCGCAGGCGUCCAUCUCCAUCGACUUUUAGCCGCCGGCCGCGGGCGCGCGCGCAUGCCCCUGGAGCGCCCCCUGCGUUCCGCUGAGAGCCCUGCUCGCCGGUCACGGCUGCGAGGACUUCCCUUCCCAGCCACCCGCUGCGGUGGUGACGUGUGUAUUAUCUCAGGCAGUCAACGCGCAUUGAACCAACCCAGGGGCGUGCUCCGCUCGGUGAAAGACAGCAGCCUGUGUUGCUCGGUGUCCUGUAAGCGGCGCAGCAGCCAGAUGGCACCCGAGGGUCCGGCGACAGGAACCUGCUCUUUUUUUUUUUUUUUUUAAUAAGAUUUUAUUUUAGUUUUAGAGAGGGGAAGGGAAGGAGAAAAGAGAGAAACAUCAGUGUGUGGUUGCCUCUCGUGCGCCCCCUACUGGGGAACCUGUCCUGCAACCCAGGCAUGUGCUGUGACUGGGAAUCGAACCAGUGAUCCUUUGGUGGUGCUCCAUCCAUUGAGCCACACCAGCCAGGGCAGGAACCUGCUUUUGAUGGACACCACUCGGUCAAUAGUCUGAUCCCACAAUACGUUUAAAGAUAAGAUUUUUCUCUAUGUUCCUUUUAUUUUUUUUCUUUCGAUGUCGUGGGUUGCGCAAGCCAGAGAUUGUACCAUUUCACCCUCUUCCAUCGGUGUACGUGGCGUGAGCACCGCGCGAGUCUGCACAUCGGCAUUUGUUCUAGACUUUGUCAGACACGCGCGUUACCAUGGUGAGCCCAAUUAAGAGCCGGCGCUGAGCUUCCUCCAUCUGUUUCUUCCUGACUAAUUUCUAGAUUGUUCCCUUCUAAUUACUGGACCCUUAGUCUUUAUUUUCUGUAAGAAGCAGAUGAUAUGGUGUGAUUUAUGGCCUGGAAGUCUAUAUUUGGUCUUAGUUAUAGUACAAAAUCCCACAGUUCUGGGAUGUAUGUGCCAUUGCCAAUUAUGACUAAAAACUUGGGGGAAAAAAUGAAAACUUCUAGAAAUCCUUUGAAAUUUCCCGAAUCUGGCCACACCCAGGGGCAGCCCAUCCAUCCCCGUCGGCAAAGUCACACUCGGUACAUUCGUGAAGAGGCUGGUGGUUUUGUUCAUUCCCAGCGGUUCUCAUCAGCAGGCGUGUUCCCCAUUAUUUUUAUGAAAAGAUUAGUUAGCUCCCUUUGUGUUCAUUUACUUUGUAGCGUACGGUACCCCAGGCUGGCUGGGAGCUUGAGGAAAACUCCCACGAACUUGUAGAAGCCUUUCCGUCACUGCUUGCUUGGGACAAUACAUUUCUCUAGGUCUUACCAAGAAUAACAAUUCCCACUUUUUUUUUAAUGCACAUUUGACCUGCUGGUUUUUAUUGAUGGCAUAGAAACAAUAAUUUAUAAACAUGAUGGAAAAAUUCAUUGUGCUUUUUCAGACUUUUGGUAUCGUUUGAUCCUGGACAAACUUGAGGAGUGACAUCAAGAUGCGCGCCCUCCGGGACAGAUUUCUGGCGGUGUUCCCCAUAGCCGAUCGGCAGGGAGGGGAGUGGACCCUGUAAUUUAUUGUAAAGACCUCGGUAAUGUGUACAUAAGCUCUGUGUGUCCUUUUGUUACUGCAUCCGGUUUAUGAUACAGAUUUUCACUGUGUGGUAUUUAUUGCUCUACAUCACUACACAAACCCUCUAUUUAUGCAUUGUUCCAUGGUUCUUCAGUCCUGUUCUUUAUGGCACUGAGGUUUUAAAGGAAUCUGGCUGUUGAAUUAUAGCCACUUCAGACUUGCCAUUCAAGCAGGAUACGUUCUCAUUUCCUAUGUUUUUGUAGUAAAUUCUCAAUGAAUUGAGAAAUUGAAAUUUCACUGGAUUUUGUUGGUUCCUUUAAAUAGCACAUCUGUGUUUUCUCACAUUAGUGGGAGCUGUGACCUUAAGUGAUACAUAUAUAAUACUCCUUCAAAAUGAGUUUUAUUAUCACCUUUUUUACUUUUUAAAAAGUAUAGAAUAUCCGGAGGCUUGGAAAACGUGCACACGGUGUAUAUUCAUGAUCUGAGGAUUUUUUUUAGAUCAGCAUCAUUUCUCAUGUCAAAAAUGCAGCUCGGGGCAGUGGGGAGACGUCAUGAAUGUGGUGUGCAGUAAAUCAACGGGCCAGGGCCAGGUGAGGCAGCUCAGUUCCCUCACAGCUGUGUCCAGCAGGUCUGUCCAUAGGUCACCUGUCAGCCACCAUCGGGACAACAUAGUAAAUAUUUCAUGACAACCCAUCUCCCUCCUGAUGCUGAAAGGGAAACGAGCAUAUUUCUGUGUAACAUGUAAUAAUAUGCGUUACAAAAACAGCUGUUCUCCACCUUUAACAUCUAAGUUAGAGUAGAAAAUAAUAUAGUAUGCUGAGCUACAUUAUCUAGAAUCACUGUAACUUUACUUUUGAAGUUUGUAUCACGUGUGAAACGGGCAGGAAGAGGCCCACCAAAUACCGUCUUUAUGGACACAUUUCCCAUGCAAACAGCACAACACGGCAGGUCAAGUUCAGACAACAGACUCGGCUCUGCAUCGUACGGCGGCCGGAACCAACGACAGAAAUGGUUUCUGUGUGUCACGACAGCAAACCCGGACACCUGCUGAGGCUGGCCUUCUCUUACUGUAAAGGAGGGGAGGGUCUUUAGCCAGGAUGUGGCUUCCUCGGAAGUUACACAAGAUGCAGGACGCAGAGAGAGGCCCCGUGGCUGCCCUAGGCCGGCGCAGGCAGGGCGUGGCGCGGUCCACCCCGCGGGGACGGAGCCGAAGAGCCGGUGGCCGCCCGCUGAGCUGGUCUCGGACCGCCCUGUGGCACGUGCCUUCGUUGACCUAGAGGUGGCCACUGGAUCUCCGGUGGCGCUCGGUCAGCAUCCAGCAGUCCGAGACGGGAAGAGGACAGAACUCAUACACAUUCGGCAUGAUUUUGAGCGUAACGUUAACUGUUGUACAUAGAGCCUUUUAUCUUUGAGGUCAGUGAGAGAACUUUUCCAACCGUUUACUAAAGUAAAAGCCAUACAUUUUACCAGUGGGAGGUGGGAGCCCGCCAUCUCGCGGGAGUUCGUGCACCCUUCACAGAGACCUUGGGGACCAGUGUUAGGCUGCGAGGGGACACGCCAGCCUGGGGGGCACCUUCCACGCAGGAGGACCCGCACCGCAGCUGUAUGGGAGCACCUUCAGUCUUCUGUGGCACAGUGGCUCCCGCACGUCCCAGGAAACCUGGCAACGUCCCCCGGCCCCACUGCCAUGUCUAAGGUGUUCAGGACCAAAGUGGGAGGCUCCUUUGCUGGGGGUCAAGGUCUCCUUCUGAACGGUCGUCCAGAUCCAUGGAUGUCUCCUGAGCAGGGUGCCCCCUCCCUUCAGGGGCGCGUCACCAGGUGCGCUGGGACGGGAAGGGCCCGCGUGGUUCGGGGAGUGAUUCUCGGUCCGAGGCAGCACACGCGUGCACUCGCAGGGUGGCGUGUGCCACGUUGUUUGUGUCGGAUUAUGUCAUGUAUCAGAAAGAAUGUGUCUCGGGUCCAACUCAUCAGACUGGUCAGGGGGAAUCUUGAGUUUGGGGGGUUUUCUAAGAUCCGAGAAAGAGGAUCUGGUCCAAGUUCGUGGCUGAGGAGGCUGGAGCCGGAGAGGAGAGAAGGGGCUCCCUGUCUCGGAGCAAGCCCCCUGGCGCUCCUUCCGCCGUCUCCCCGCUCCCCGUCUUUCAAGUCGGGCAGUCUUAAACAGCGGCCCCGAUGGCCCGGGUGAGCUCGUCGUUCUGACUUACAGUGUAAAAUUUACCUUGUAACGUUUUCUAUCAGAUCAUCGUGUUUUCCUCUUUUCUCUUGACCUAUGGAAACCGUGUCCUUCUACAAUGUGUGCAGCCAGGGUUUCUUGGCACCUACAAACGCGGCAAGACAAUGACUGUGAAUUCUUAAUAAAACAAUGUUUGUUAAC